AUGACACUUGAGCCACAGGCUUAUGAAACGGAGACUCUUCAGCUCCAAGACGUCACACAAUUCGAAGAAGAAGAUCAGGCUGUCGCCUCUGCACGUGUGGCUUCCACUGUGCGUUGGAAACUCGCCAAGGACAUUGCCCACGUCUCCGAUUUUACAUACAAGGACAUGCUAUCCAAUGCCAAUCUUGUGCAGUGGUCCGACAAUUCAUACUCAAUUGCAAUUGGGUCCGAAAUUUACGAUCUGAACAUCCAUCCGGUGGGGAAUGAAGAGCAUCUUCAUAUUUUUGCGCAGCACCAGGCUGCGUUGUUGAUGGAGGAUGUUGGCACGAUUACAGAGAAAAUGUAUCUUCGCUCAAUUAGCGCAUCGUCGUCGUCGUCGUCUUCGUCGCUCACAAGCCGUAUGGCCAGAGCCCAUUCGGAGGCAAAGGUGAAGAUGGCGUUCAUGCCUCAGGAUCCAGAGGCAGCCCGUGUCGAGCUGGAAAAGAAACAGGAGGCGGAACAAAGGAAAUACGAGCAGCGGCAACUGAAAAAAGAGACAUCAACAUAUCGUACUCCACAUCUUACAAAAGAUUGGCUUGAAAGUGAUGGGGCUAAGAAGAGAACGGCCCGUCAAAAAGAGGAUGACGGGCAUGACGUUGAGGACGAUGAAGACGAAGACGAAGACGAAGAGGAUGAAGAUGUGGAAGAUGAUGAAGACGAAGAGGAUGAAGAGGAUGAAGAGGAUGAAGAGGAUGAAGAGGAUGAAGAGGAUGAAGAGGAUGAAGAGGAUGCGGAAGAGGAUGCGGAAGAGGAUGAAAGCGACUCAUCCGAAGACGAAUCGUUAGAAAAACGCGAUCUACCCAGACGGAGGGCCGUACUGAGCGAUGAUGACGAUGAACGCUAG